AUGUGGAGAGAGAGCGCGUUAUUGAUGAUCCUGCUGUUUCGACUUGAGCAAAUUUGUGCAACUAGUAAGCAGGGUCAUGCUUGUCCUCCUUCUUCCUGUGGCAAAGUCACCAACAUAACGCAUCCAUUUCGAUUAAAAGGCGACCCAGAAAACUGCGGCGACCACAGGUAUGAGCUCACCUGUGAAAAUAAUGUCACGCUAUUAUCUUUGUACUCCGGAAAAUAUCUUGUGCAGGCAAUCAACUACAAUAAUUUCACAAUCCGAGUGGUUGAUCCGGGCGUUCAACAAUCAAAUUGUUCCAACAUUCCUCGCUACUUCUUGUCUCAAUCCAAUUUCAGGGAUUCGUAUGCUUACACCGACAUGGAUGCAUACCAAACUAGUCAACCACGAUUGUCAAAUCAAACAUUCUAUUUCAAUCAUGAUAGGUUUCACACGGUUAAUUCAGAGCCUGUUUUCGAACAUAUAGUUUUCAUGAAUUGUAGCCAUCCAGUGAGUGACAAUCUUAAGUAUGUGGAUACUGCUCCCUGUGUGAAUUGGCACUCCAAAGGCUAUAUGUUUGCCAUUGCUGGUGACUUAAUAUCAGAGGACUUAGAAGUUGGUUGUCAUGUAAAACUGGUUACUCUCACAUCUUGGUGGGGUUUGCACGCACAUAAAUAUUCCUACACUGAGAUUCACAAAGCACUAGUUUAUGGAUUUGAGAUUUCGUGGAUGAUUCGCGCCUGCAACGACAUUUGUGGAAAUUUGGCUAGCUCCUGCAACUGGGACACUUCCGGGUUGGUUGAUUGCUCGCUCGAUUGCCACAGUUUCCUGGGAAUUUUGGAUAUAUGUGGUAAAGGAAAUGGUAGACCGAUAUGGUACCAGCUUCUGUUAUAUGCAAGAGAUACUAUAUAUGGUGUCUGGAUAGGUCUGGUUGAAAGAAUAAAAGGACAUAAUACGGGAUUUGAUGGCAACUAUAAAUUAGGUUUAAUCAUAGGACAGUACGUUUUACCAUCCUUCUGGGCAGGUAGACUUUUGUUUGGGAUGACUUUAUUUAUUGCACUGUUGAUCUACAAAUGGAAAAAUCGGCAUUCAUCGAUAUACGAAAACAUUGAAAAUUAUUUGGAACAUGCCAAUUUGAUGCCCAUUAGAUAUUCAUACAAGGAAAUCAAGAAAAUAACAGGAGGUUUCAAGGACAAGUUGGGUGAAGGAGGAUAUGGUUCUGUGUUUAAGGGAAAGUUGUCUAGUGGCUCUUGGGUGGCAGUAAAAAUGUUAAGUAAAUCAAGAGGUGAAGGUCAAGAUUUUAUUAGUGAAGUUGCAACUAUUGGAAAAAUAUAUCAUCAAAAUAUAGUAAAAUUGAUUGGAUUUUGUGUCCAGGGAUCAAAACGUGCUCUUGUUUACGAAUUCAUGUCCAAUGGAUCUUUGGAUAAAAUUAUUUUUUCUAAAGAUGGAAGUGCACAUUUAAGCUACGAUGAAAUAUAUAAUAUUUCAAUUGGAAUAGCUAAGGGGAUUGCUUAUCUUCACCAUGGGUGUGAGAUGCAAAUUUUGCAUUUUGAUAUCAAGCCUCAUAACAUCUUGUUAGAUGAAAAUUUCACCCCAAAAGUCUCUGACUUUGGAUUGGCAAAGUUAUAUCCAAUAAAUAAUAGCAUUGCUACAAUGACAGGAGCAAGAGGAACAAUUGGAUAUAUGGCUCCAGAGUUAUUUUACAAAAAUAUUGGAAGAAUAUCCCAUAAGGCUGAUGUUUAUAGCUUUGGAAUGCUUUUGAUGGAGAUGACAAACAAAAGGAAAAACCUAAAUCCUCAUGCAGAGCAUUCAAGCCAACUUUACUUUCCACUUUGGAUUUAUAAGCAUAUCGGGAAAGAAAAAGAUAUAGAAAUGGAAGAUGUUACUCACGAAGAAAAGGAAGUAGCAAAAAAGAUGAUUAUAAUUGCACUUUGGUGUAUCCAAUUAAAGCCAAGUGAUCGUCCUUCAAUGAACAGAGUAAUUGAAAUGCUUGAAGGAGAUAUUGACAAUCUUGAAAUACCUCCAAAGCCCACUCUCUAUCCACAUGAAACAAUGGCAAGUGAUACAAGUUUCACUUUUUCUUCGGAUUCUUUCAUGUAA